AUGGCUAAACAUUUAGAUAAUAAUAAUAAUAAUAAGACUAAUCGUCAAAACAUUUGUGUAAAUAUAAUUAGCGAUAAAUUUAGCAAAACUCGUGCAAAAUCUCUAUUGAAAUAUAUUGCAAAUAAAAUACCAAAUUAUAAGAGAUUUAAUAAAAUCUUGUUUCACGACAUCAAUAAAGUUAACAAACAAAUUGAACACUUGUUGCCGACACUUAAAAAACAUUUUACUUACAAUUCAAACAGCUAUUAUAGUCGUUCGCUAUUUUUUACAUCACUGGCCGCGCACCGGUACUUUGCCGACAUAGACAAACUGAUAUUCCUCGACAUUGACAUCCAAUUUAAUGAUAACAUUGAAAAACUUUACGGACAGUUCAGUGAGUUUAGCGACGAUGCRCUGAUAGGCAUAGCCUACGAACAACAGCCCGUCUAUUGGCAUAUAAUGCAUGAAUACCGGAGAAAAGUACACAACAAAACUGAUUUAGGAUCGCCGCCGCCAAACGGUUGGCCCGGUUUUAAUAGCGGUGUACUACUAAUGAAUUUACAGCGAAUGCGUGUUUCAAAACUUUUCAACGACCAGUUGUUGUCCACGAAAUUUGUGGACAAUAUCUGUCAAAAGUACUACUUUGGCGGCCAUUUAGGCGAUCAAGACUUCUAUACCGUCACUAGUUUUGACUACCGAUACCUGUUUCAUGUCCUGCCCUGCAAUUGGAACCGACAGCUGUGUCAGUGGUGGCGAUAUCACGGCUAUCGCGAUAUAUUUGAUUUGUAUUUUAAAUGUGAUUUGAAGAUCAAAUUAUUUCACGGCAACUGUAACUCUGGUUUGCCAUCAAUUUAAA